UGCAUCGUACGAUAGUGAUUACGAUUAGCGAAUGGAUGAUUUGAGUUGUGCAGGAGGGGGCUUGUUUUUAGCAGCAAGCAAGGUCGUUCUUUGUGUCAAAAAAUUCUACUUGUGACGAAUACUUAGUUUUUGUUAUUUACAAGGAGUGAGUGACUGUUUGUGCUCAGUAACAAAGGUCGUAGAGCGCGUAUGUCGUUAAUAGUAAUCAAUAUUUAAAGAAACUCGUAAUUUCGAACGUUCCAAUGAGUUUGGGAGGAGGUCACAGUACAGAGGGAACAAAUGCAGGAGGAAUAUUUGUCCAGUUUAAUCAAGAUUGCACGUCCCUAGUAGCAGGCAGUAGUAGUGGCUAUCAUUUGUUUGCACUGACUCCUGAUGAUGGAAUUGAAGAAAUAUAUGCAAGCCGGUCAGGCCAGGACACCUGUCUGGUGGAUCGACUCUUCAGCAGUUCCUUGGUCGCCAUUGUUACAGUUUCAGCUCCCAGGAAGCUAAUCGUGUGCCACUAUAAAAAAGGAACUGAAAUAUGCAAUUACAGUUACAGUAAUACGAUUCUCGCCGUUAAGCUGAACCGAUCCAGGCUGAUUGUAUGUUUAGAAGAGUCGCUUCACAUUCAUAACAUUCGUGAUAUGAAAAUUCUCCACACGAUCCGCGACACGCCGCCGAACCCGCGCGGACUGUGCGCGCUCUCUCCCUGCGUCGACCACUGCUACGUGGCCUACCCCGGCUCUAGCGCCGUUGGGGAGGUGCAGAUUUUCGAUGCCGUGCAUCUGAACGCUAAGUGCGUAAUCAGCGCGCACGACAGCCCAUUGGCGGCGCUCGCGUGGUCCAUGUGCGGGCGACGCCUGGCCACCGCCUCCGAGCGGGGCACCGUCAUCCGCGUGUUCGCCGUGCCCGAGCGCACGCGACUCUACGAAUUCCGGCGCGGAGUGAAGCGCUGCGUAUCCAUAGCGUGCCUCGCCUUCAGUGCGUGUGGGGCUUACCUCGCGGCCACGUCCAACACGGAGACGGUCCACGUGUUCCGGUUGCAGGAGGGCGCAACGGGCGCCGUCGGGGCGGGUGCGGUAGUGGGCGCCGGGGAGGAGGGCAGCACCGGCGCCGGGCCCGCGGGCGCCGCCGAGGCCGGCUGGAUCGACUGGCUGUCGCAGGCGGUGUCGGCCGGCGCGGGCUACCUGCCCGCGCAGGUGGCCGACGUGCUCACGCAGGGUCGCGCCUUCGCCGCCGCCCGCCUGCCGCGCCCCGCGCGCCGCGCCGUCGCCGCCGUCACCAUCGUGGCGCGGACGGCGCGGCUGGUCGUGGCCACGUCGGACGGCGUCGUGUACGUGUACUCGCUGGACGCGCAGGAGGGCGGCGAGUGCGCCCUGCUGCGCACUCACCGCCUGCUGGAUGCCGGUACGCCCGCGCCUAUACACUCGCAAGAAGGUACGAAUAUUUCCGAUGAGUAAAGUUCAUUCACAAUAGACACGUCGGCCGACACCGAGACUGACGCCCGGCCGCCACAGGUAAGUGCUGCGUCGACCGAUCCUCCGCGCUGUCGCUCGCUAACCGCUAACGUGUUCCGUCCCUACAUAUAUGUUACCUUCUUCCAAUUCGUUUGUACGUGACGUUAAUUUAUACAAAUUGCUAACAAUCGAAUCGAGCGAAUUGAAAAGUAUUCGUGAUCGAUUUUCAUGUGUCAAAUUAUGAUUUAAAAAAAUUGGUGCAAUUUGAAUUGGAACAGCCAUAGCUUUCCCAUAUGUACUCGUUAUUUUAAAUAGCUUUUGCUUUCUGAAUUAUUUGCCUUAUAUGUGAAACGCCACCGCACUUAGUUUAGCGUAUGCACAGAAUAACAAUUAUGUCAAAGUAUUUGCAUGUUCACAAAAUAAUGGACGCAAAAAGCUAUUUAUUUAUCAAGUGUUCGGUCAGCGCGAUUAUUUACCGUACUUUAUAUGUAACUAACCGACCCAAUGAAGUAAACAACAAAAAAAGGCUAUUAGUAUUCGACAUAUUGGCGUUAACAGAUAAUUAAAGCCAACACGCUACACAAAGUGAAGUGCCGCCACAAUUAUUGUUUGUGUACUAAAGUUUCGUAGGUUCCGUAGUCACAUAGAUAUCGCGAAAUAUAUUUCUUCUAUAUAUUCUUAAACGUAUUAUUGUUUGACCUUAAUUCUCAAACAUAAGAUAAACUUAUUCUACGAAAUAUAUUUAAUUUUUUUUUCCUAAAAUUUAGAUUGUGAUGCUGUCUAGAUAUAAAAACACGCAAGAACUUAAAAAUAACUUAAAUCAAAACAGAUAAGAGUCAAAUGCACGAAACAUGUCUGCAAAGAAAUGAUUAUAUGAAAAUAAUAUUAACUUUUUUCAAAGAGUUUCUCGUAAACUCCUCGAAAAUCUCAUUAUCAUCAUUGUCACUGGAGUGUUGCCCAGCUGCUACAUUUUUUAUAAAUAGUAUGAAAAACGAGCGUGUCAUAUUUACGAUAACAUCACGCGAGACUUUAUUUGAUAACAUCAUUUUAAAUAUUAAAAUGUAUUUGUAGUUUUACUCGAAUACUGUUCAAUGGAACGUAAACUGAUGCUGAUGGUAUGGCUUGGUAUCAAGCCUAUUUUAAAUGAAAUCUGUUUUGACCUUAGAUCAUCUUUUUGAAUGAAGAAUCUAAAAACAAAUAUGGUCGAACAAUUUCGAUACACGUAUAAUUUUUUUUGUCAUGAAAUGUGUUUUGCUUUGACUAUUUUUUAAGAAAUAUAUAUUCUUGGCACUUGAUCCAAUGUGACAAACUAGAAGGUCAAAUCAUGAUGCAAUUACAUGUAUUUGAGUUUGACUGCGGAACUACUGAAACUAAGAUUAUCUCUAGUGAGCUUUUUAAAUUUAAUUAUUAGCCGAAUACAAGAAUAGUUUUAGGAGACUUAAGAAUCGAACACAUUAAAUAUAGACUUCGCACAGGUCUAAAUUUAGAAGUCGACCUGAGUGUGUCUUAUUUAUGAUAUUGACGCUCAACAAAUAACACCAAAACUGUUAUAGCACCAUGAACAACUACGUUUACAAUUGUGCUUUCUGUCUUGUUAAGAGCAUUUACGAGAAUUUUACAUAAUCCAAAAACUAUUCAUUUAAAAUAUGCAAUUUUGUGUAAUAUUACUUCAGAACAUAUAAUUUACGAUACACGUCUGGUUGAUAUUCAACAUAUGACUGGAAUAAGAUCUAUUUCUAUCAAUUUAUCACUCUUAGGUAUUUUUGUUUUAUAAUAACAACAGGUGCCUCAAACCAGAUUUUUGGUCUGUGUACAAUGGUAAAAUAUUCUCACAAAAUUUUAAAGGAUUAUAAGUAAAUGCUUUCUGGUAAAUAUUUUAUUCGAUAACAUUUAAAGUGCAAUAAUAUAAAAGAAAUAUAAUAAAAUUCAGACUCAUACAACUUUUUUAACUCUAUAAAAACUUUAUACAAUUGUAUUAAGGUUUAAUUUCAUUUGCAAAUUAAAUUCUCUAUGGGCUAGCUCGUAAACUAGUCAGGUGAUUGACCUUUUGGCCCUCGUUACACGACGUCUAUUGAAUUGGUCAGAAUAACUGAAGAUGAAAAAAAAAUUUACAGUACUGUAACAUUAUUAUACCGAUCGAUAUCGUUUCUGCUUCGUUUGUUGGCUCUACUGUGUUCAAUCCUUAAGGUUCCCU